AUGACAACACCACGGUCUCGAUUAUUUAGUAGUAACAAUUAUUAUGCACAAAGAUUUAUAUAUCCUGGAUGCUUAACUAAAUAUUCUAAUAUUAAAAAUGAUAUUAUACAGCAAAUUAAUGCCUUAAGUAGAAAGAGAAGUAGAAAUUACUAUAAUGAUCACAGCAAAAUAAAGAAUUAUAUAGUUAAUAAAAAUGAAGAAUUAAAUAGUUGCUACGGCGAUAAUUUAUUACGAACUAAAUUAAUUGAAGAUUAUGAAAUAACGAGUUUUUUAAAAAAAUGUCCUUCUCAAUCUAAUUGUCCGGACAAUCGUGGGUCUCAAGUUAAAAAAGCUGUUGUACCAAAACAUGCAACAGAAGAUCCCUGUAAAAAAGGAGGUAAGAGCUGUAAUAAUGAAGCACCAGGAAAAAAAGUAGAGCCAGGUCAACGUCAAGGACAACGUGAUGCAGUGGUUUCUAUCACCGAAAAUUUGAAAGUACAAGAUUCUGUAGAUCCAGAUCGAAACCAUGCUGAAGCAGAUGGUUUAAAACAAGAAGUUGCAACUCAUGCCCAACCAGAGAUAAAACCAUUUAGUGAACCUGUUGUUCGUGAUAGUGAAGCAUCUAAACCAAAAGAUAAUCAGAAUUCUAGUCCACCUGGACAUGUGGAGCCUCCAAAAGACCCUAUAUCUGAUUCAAUUCAUUCCCCAUCUACUGAAUUAGAGGGUCAACUAAUAAGUUCAUCUACUCAACGUAUCCCUGAACAGGAACCUGUUUCAAUCGAUAACUCACAAGAAAUGACUAUAGGCAAAAAUCCUGAUGAAAAAAGUCCACACAGUGCUAAUACUUCUGAUGAGCAGGACAAUUCUGAUAAUCCCCUUGGAAGUAAAGAUAGUAACGAUGAUGAUACUACUACAGAAACUUUAGAUAUUCCUGUCCUUAGUAGUACAAUUUCCGGCGAUUCAAAUUCAAUUAAUCAAGUUACUAAUGAUGUGAACUCAUAUGAUGUAUGUGCUAGUGGGAGAUGUCCUAAUAGUGCAGAUGGUGGUGAUAAACGUGCUGUUGAUGCACCUGUUAGUGGCCAAACUACUGGUCUUGAUGUUACUCUUAUUGAAGAUGGUGAUAAUCAAGUACAUGAUAGUAGCACUACCUGUAUUGGAUCUUCUUGUAGAGAAAUACGAAAUGAUGAAUUAAUUGCUCAUAAUAGUGAUAAAUCAGAUAUAUUUAAUCAAAUUUUCAGUACAAUACAAGCCAAUAAAGGAAAUGUCAUAAAGACUUCAAUACCCAUGGGAAUUGUUCUGUUCCUAAGCCUUCUUUUUAAAUACACUCCUUUAUGGAGAAUUCUUACUAAGAGGAAAAGAAAGAAACAAUCGCAUAUGAACGAAAAGCUACAAAGGGUACUACAACAACCUUCAAUUGCAAGUGAAGAAAGAAGUAUUCCAUUUUCAUAUAGUGCUUUUGAAUAUUCAUCAUAA